UCUGGACGCCCAGACCCGGCUCACUCGUGCUCCCGCCGCCGCCACCCCGCCAUGGAGCGGCCGCCGCUGCGCGCCCUGCUCCUCGGCGCAGCCGGGCUGCUGCUCCUGCUCCUGCCCCUCUCCUCUUCCUCCUCUUCCGACGCCUGCGGUCCCUGCGAGCCGGCCGCCUGCCCGCCCCUGCCCCCGCGGGGCUGCCCGCUGGGCGAGACCCGCGACGCGUGCGGCUGCUGCCCGGUGUGCGCCCGCGGCGAGGGCGAGCCGUGCGGGGGCGGCGGCGCCGGCAGGGGGCACUGCGCGCCGGGCAUGGAGUGCGUGAAGAGCCGAAAGAGGCGGAAGGGUAAAGCCGGGGCAGCAGCCGGCGGCCCGGCAGUGAGCGGCGUGUGCGUGUGCAAGAGCCGCUACCCUGUGUGCGGCAGCGACGGCACCACCUACCCCAGCGGGUGCCAGCUGCGCGCCGCCAGCCUGAGGGCGGAGAGCCGCGGGGAGAAGGCCAUCACCCAGGUCAGCAAGGGCACCUGCGAGCAAGGUCCUUCCAUAGUGACGCCACCCAAGGACAUCUGGAAUGUCACUGGUGCCCAGGUGUACUUGAGCUGUGAGGUCAUCGGAAUCCCAACCCCUGUCCUCAUCUGGAACAAGGUACAAAGAGGUCAGUAUGGAGUUCAAAGGACAGAACUCUUGCCUGGUGACCGGGACAACCUGGCCAUUCAGACCCGGGGUGGCCCAGAAAAGCAUGAAGUAACUGGCUGGGUGCUGGUAUCUCCCCUAAGUAAGGAAGAUGCUGGAGAAUAUGAGUGCCAUGCAUCCAAUUCCCAAGGGACAAGCUUCCGCUUCAGCAAAAAUUACAGUGGUUGAUGCUUUACAUGAAAUACCAGUGAAAAAAGGUAUGUAAUCAAUCUCACAGCCACUUAAAAGAAUGACUUGUGCUUUUGCUUAAUAAACAGAACCAAGAAUCAAAGCAUCAAACAUAACUAUUAAUAAAAAUUCAGUAAAGUCAGGAAUCCCCAAGGGCAUUAAGUAUGCCAUUAAAAUGUAGAUUACAUGGUUCCAAAAGAGUAUUUGGAUGGCUGACGAAGGCCAAUAUUUUGACUUAGAGGCUUUCAACUUAUCUUUCAUGUAGAGUCAAAACUCAAACCUGACUGGAAUGGCUUCUAUUUCCCCUAAGUUUUUCUACCCAUGUGAAUUUUUGAAUGAGAGCUGGACCACAAAAGAAAAUUCCUUAGCCUUGCUGGACCUCAGCUUGGUGUUUGUGAAAUGUCCUCUUCCAGGUCUAUAAGGUCCUCUUUUGUACAUGGACCAAUACAGCAGAACUACCUUCCAUAUCUAACAUUGUAUAGCUAAAAUACCUCAGAGGACUUCUGAACGUCAUUUAUACUAUUACCCAUUUAUCCUUUAUCCCAAUGUUUUUGUUUUGCUUUUCUAAAGAGAUAGGGUCUUGUUAUGUUGCCCAGGUUGGCCUUGAACUCCAGGGUUCAAGAGACCCUCCUGUUGCAGCCUCCCAAGUAGCUUGGACUGCGAUCGAGUGCACAUCGCCAUGCGCUACCCUUUAUUCCUGCAUUUUAGCAUCUUUAUUUAUCUGUAACCCUGAACUAAUUGCUAAUCAGAAAGUCACCCUAUCCAUAUAUGUAACUAAUUUUUAUCUUUUUAUCUUUUUAACAGGUGAAGUGUGCUGAACUAUAACCCUAAAAAUAUAUUACUCAACAAUAGCUAAAAGUAGUCACAGAUAACUACAACCUGUUCUUGCCCUAGUAACAAGUUUCUUUAAUCCAAUCCACUAAUGCUUUAGUUAUAGUCACUGUUUUAACAGAGAGAAAUACCCAAGUAAAUACAACACAUCAAGACUAUCUACAAAACUUUAUUGUCUUAUUUACAGAAAAAAAGCAUUGCAUAUCAUUAAACAAAACAAAUAAAAUGCUUUCUAUCGCAACUCAA